GUCCCUUCAGCCCUAGGCUUGACGACUUGUCAUGAUACACAUCGACCGUCCCACACACGCCACAUGCACAGCUCGUCCUUUCGCAAGACACACACACAUGCACAAGACAGCCACGGCCAACAAGCCUUAAAUGUCAUCACUACUCCUCAAGAGACAUUUCGCGCCUGCCUGCCUCCGCUAACUAUGACCCCUCCUUUUCCUGCUGUCCAUCCUCGAUGCGCUGCACGUACUCCCUGGCCUUGUUCUGCACCUCCUGCUCGCCUGCAGCUGUACCGUGACGCUUUUCGAAAUCCAACCACCUGACCGACCAACCAUCCAUCCAUGUCGCAAAUGAAGCAGGGUGCCAGGCAUUGGUGUUCCUUACCGCUUGAAGAAGAACUUCAUCUUCUGUGGCUUGAGGCUGAGCGCCACGGCCCGCUCGAAGACCUGCCGCACGUUGUCGAGCAGGGCGGGCGUCUGCCGUGGGGGUGUGGAGGCCUUGAUGUGGGCGUCCAGGUGCUGAGCCCACAGAUCCAGCCGACGAGGGUAGGUCCGCAACAGACCCUCAAAGAUCGUCUGACCCCUGCAGGAAAUCACACAUGCACAUGCAGGCAACAGACAGCAUUCUGAGGUUUGUCGGUGGUUGGUUGGUACCUGUCGGCGCUGGCGUGUUUGUAUUCGAGAAGAGCUGCCUUUGUGAUGACGGCGAUGUGUUUCCUUUUGGGGAGCUGCCGCAACGCUUUGGGCAGCACCUGGCGGGCCUCUUCCGCCUUGCCCGCCACCUCAUACAGAUAGGUCAGAUAGCGUAUCCACACCUGCAUGAAAUCGUGGAUGGGCAGACAGACAGCCCGAGGUGCGGGCAAACGACACACAUGACCGGCCAUGUGUCCGUACUGACCUUCUUGGCUUGUGGGAAUUUGUCGCACGUCUUUUGGCAGGUGGCUUCGCACAGGUCCAUCUUGUUGUUGCGCUGGUAAAUGUAGCCCAUCUGCAGCCAUAUCGCCUUGGGAGAGUUGAACUGACACGCACUGCACGAACCAACAACACAACACACCCACCGACUCGCAAUGAGACGGCAUAGUGCACACGUCCCUGCGUGUGUGAGAGCACACGCACCGUUUGAAGACUUGGUCGAGUUGUUGCUGCGUGCCGAAUGAGCACUCCAUGUUGAGGUAAGCGAUCCAGACGUUCUGCCUCUCCUUGUCCUCCCUGAAUGAGAUGUGCUUGACGCCCCGCUCAGCCACCUCACGCGCAUGCCGCAGCUCGCUCAGCUUCAACCAGUACGCCAUGUACCUACACAGACAAGCGUCAAUGAGUGUUGAUGAGAGAAUGUUUCUUUGGCGUUGGUUUGGCAACUGACUUGAUCCAGACGAUUGACGAGUCGCCCUUGGUGAGCAGGAGGCGCUCGAAGUCAUCCGGGCUCUGGGGAUUGCUCGCCCAGUCCUCCCGAAGCGCUGACUCCUCCGCCGCGCGCAAUGAGGCCUCCUCGAGACGCUGAAUGACACGGACACAGCACGUACAAAGGAAGGAAUAUGUAUUCCUGCUUCUUCCGCUCGUUGGCUCUCACCUUCUUGGCUUCCUUGGCCCGUUUGCUUUUCCUCUUGACUGGCACGGCCUCCUCAUGAUCGCCUAACUCCUCAUCCCCACUCUCUCCACUCGACUCCUCACCCGCUGCCAUUGUCGACGGUUCAGGUUGGCCGCCCUCAUACAGCCGCACGUCGCCAAAGUCGAAGACCUCACCCAGCAGGGCGCCAGUGUCGGACGACGCAGCGAGCAGGUCUUCUUCUGACGGCUCUGAGGCCGCCUUUCUUUUGCGGCGUUUGGGGGGCGGGAAAGGGGCGGAUGACGACACAUCGUCACGGUCCUGCUUGCCAGAAUCCUCCUCGUGUUCUUCUUGAGCGUCCCUAGCCCGUUUGGCGGCAUUCCUCUCUGUCUUCCGUCUCUUUGCUGGCGGCAAUACCUCCUCCUGGUCGUCGAUCUCGUCGAUGGCCUCAUCGCCAUUCAUUUCUACCUCAGCAUCAGCCGGCUCUUCCUCCUCCGCCAUGUCGUCCUCGUCCAUCCCCAGUCCGUCCAGCAUGUCUGCAUCCUCAUUGAUGUCCUCUUGGUCGCCCUCGUCUGCGAAGUUUGAGGGUUUGAGGCUGACGGAGAGCCGGCGCUGGUCGGUGUUGACCUUGAUGACUUUGGCCUUGACGCGGUCUCCCACUUUGAGGGACUGCAGGGGGAGGGUGAGGUUGUUGGGCGGCGGCGGGGCGUCGCUGAUCUCGCUCACGUGGCAGAAACAGUCCAGGCUGACGGAGUUGUCGAUGCGGAUGAACACGCCGAAUGACUCCUUGCGCUUGACGCGGCCCGUGACAGUGUCACCCUCCUGAUUACAGACACGGGACGUAGCAGGAUGAGGUGUGUGUGUGUAUAUCUGUCCCUCUCUCACCUUGACGUCAUCAAAGGUGAGUAUCUGUUGCCCCUCCUUCAGUGUGGCCGCGUCCUUCAGCGACAGCUCCACUCGGUCAUCCUCAACUUUCUUGACCACCAGCCUCCGCAGAAGCUUGCCGACGGGGAAGAGCGACUCCACCUCACUCGGGUCGGUCGGCGUCUCCCUUAACUCGCCCAGCCUGAUGCGACCGGUGAGGGCAUGGCUGAGGGCCACAAACACCCCCCUGGCGUUGGACUGGCUGAUGUAGCCACCAACAACCUGCCCGACUGACAUGGCGGAGGGAUCGAGGGGGCGGUCGGUCGUGAUCUUGUCCUUCUUGCUCGCUGUCUCGGCUUUGGCUAGCAGGGAGGGGCGGAGAGAACCCUCUGACAAGACGACACGCAAGAAUGGAAAGGACGCCAGGCAGUGCUUUGUGUGGGCUUCUCUCACUCUCACCGAGCACGAGUUUCGAUUUCUCAUCGGCCAGUCCCAGGAUGACCAUGGGCACCAGCUGGCCCUCCUUGAACCCCUUCAGCGGCUUCUCGGUAAGGUGGUCAUGGAUCUCCGUGCAGUGCAUCCGCACCCCCAGACAUCCACCCAGACUCACAGCCAGCUCACCGCCGCCCUUCGUCGCAUUGACCGCGGCCACCCGGCCCACCACCCUCUUGCCUGCGGGCGCACGCCUCCUGGCAUACUCUCGUUGCCCCUCCUUUGUGUCGAGGGACUCGUUGCCGCCAACGGGAAUCACGCCGCUUCGCCGCCGCGUUUGGGCGAUGGCGAGGUCCAGUGAUUUCUUGGCCGAGUGCGAUGCGCCGGUGGCGUGUAGCACCUCCACGGUGAGGAGUUGGCCGACGUGGAAGUGUGCCUUAAUGUUCUUGAGCACAGAGAGGUGCGGCGAUGCGUCAGUGAUGAAGACGCGGCCCUUGACGUGGGGCGAGAGCUCCACCCACAGCCCGUCUUUGUCGAUAGACAUCAGCACGCCGCUGUAGUGCUCACCAACCUGCACACACACAAGACGGCAUAGAUGCCCACGGGCACACGAGUGUGUGAGCUGACCUUGAUGUUUUUCCAUGUCGGCACGAGUGCGUCCCCCAUCUCCCUGAUCUUGUCAGCCGGGUCCAUGGCAUCCGCCACCUCAGGCCGCGUCGUGAUCUCCACGACAAACACACCCUCGUCGUUGCCCUCCUCAUCCACCGCACCCCCCUGCUGCCUGUGCUUGACACGCACGAUGCGGCCCUCCAGCUGCCCGCUGCCCUUGAGCCCCUCCAGAGGCAUCACUGCAUCGGGCAAGGACGACUCGUCGUGGGGCUUGCUGGGCAGAGGGGGCGGGUCGAGCAUUUGUGUGCCGUGGAGACUUAUCUGCACGUUGCGGCCAGUCCGACCGAAGGCGUGUGUGGGCUUGACGGCCUUGAGGUCGCCUUUGAUGAGCGAACCGACCUGAACGAAGACACACAGAGGGACCAUGGACGUUUGAGCCAGGGUUGAUGUUGGCGUCUCAUUCCCUCAUUCACCUGGAGCUCCUCUUCCUUGUAGACACGUCCGGCGACUUUCUUCUUGCCCUUGGCCUCCUUCCGCUUGCUGCUCGGCCACUGCGCCACUCCAACCAGGCACUCCCCAGCCACUGGUAGCGUCGUUGUAUCCCGAAUGGCGACCUUGACGCGCGGCUUGUCGCCAUCCUUCUGCGCGUGCCUCUUGACAUCGUUGAGACACGGCCCUGGGGCAAUGAUGACGGCCUUGACGCGCCGCUCGCCCACCGAUGUGUCACAUGUGAGGACGGAGUAGAGGGACCUGGACAGCUGGGCUUCAGCGGAGAUUGUGGUGCCCUUCAGAGCCACCAGGGCGGCGCGCACAUCGUCAGCAGGGUCGCCACCAGACCGCUUCCGUUUCUUUUUGCCCUUUGGUGCCGAGGCGGCCGUCUCCACCGUCCACAGAGGCCGAUCGACGAGCUCGUCCUUCAGUGAAACGUCAACAAUCUUCUUGUCGAUGUUAACGUCGAGAACGAAAGCAGUCACCUCCGCCCCCUCGGUCAGACGGUCGGUCCUCUUCGUGGGAUAGUGUGCUUUGUGGACAAUGCCGGUGAGGUCCUGGCUGUCGUUGAUGGACAGGAUGAGGCCGUAGGGCUUGACGCUGCUCACUGUGGCAGAAAGCAGGCCGCCGAUCUUGACAUGCUGCCAUGCGGAUGAAGAUUCAUCGGCUGAGUCGAGGGCACCACUCUGCGUGAGCAGCAGCCUCUCGCCAUCAAGAUAGCUGCAUUACAGAGCAACAGAUACGUUGAAAUGACAUCCUCUCGCUCAUUACUUGGUGCACUCACCUGGCAAGUAUCUUGGAACCCAUCUCAGCCAUCUUGGCAUCGCGACCACCCAGCGCGGACUGCCUCAAGUCCAAGUUGAUCCGCCUGCUCUGCGCCGGUGCCUUGCCGUCCCCCUUGGCAGUCUCGCCUCCCGGUUCCUGCACAUCGAUCACCUUGGCCCACACGGUCUGCCCCUCGCUGUAGAUGUCCUCUGCAUUCUCCACGAAGCGGUCAGAGAGGAAGGGCUUGAGGACCAGCCCCGCGCACCGCCAGCUGCCUAGACCGACCACCACACCGGCCGGGCUGAAUCGACGCACGUACGCUAAGCGCAUCUCGUGGAGGGAGAUAUCCUCCAGCUGGGUCACGAACUGACCGCUGCGGGACACCUCUGGGAGACCAACACGACAGCGAUGGACGGCGGGGCUGUGUUCAUACGGUGUGUGUCUUGUGAGUACUGUUACCGAUGAGUGAUGGUUUGAGCGAGACGACGGGGGCCCGAGUCUUCUUAUCGGGGGUUGGGGCGCCAGGAGAGAGCACCACGGCCGAUGGGAACCGCAGUGUGUGGCCGCCGCUCGUCUCCUGACCAGCCAAGUCACGGGUAUACAUAUUGGUGUUGCAAAGCACAUCGUUUCUCUCCUACCUGAGCAAUUUGGUGUAUUCGGUUGUUCUGCUCGACGUCGUCUGAGAGGUGACCGGGUGGGAUGUAGCCCACAACCAUCACGCGAGAAGACGUGCCGUCAUCAGCUGAGGUGUCCACCGCAACGAAGCUCGCAUACAGGCCUUGUGGUGCCUGUGGUGUUGGCUGCGUGUCGGUUGGCUCUGUCUUGACGACGGGCAGCAGCCUGACACUGUCCACAAUCUGGCCAUACUCGAGCAGCUCUGCAUACAGCCACGCAGAAAGGAAUCAGACACCAACGGUACCGUCUUUUGCUGUCCGCCUACUUUCCACUUUGUUGCCGUCGGUGACCACAGGCAGGUCCUUCUCAUCCUCGUCAGCCUCUUGCUGGCCCCUCUCCACGACAUCCAAGGGGACGGGCAGCGGCCUCUCCUUCACCUUGGGCUGCAGGUCCAGAGACAGCAUCAGCUGGUGCCCAUCUUGGUCCACACGGGUGAUGCGGGCCGUCACCAGCUGCCCUUUCUUGUGGUCGGAUGCAAACGUGUCGGACAGUGCCCGUGCGGGAAGAAGCCCCCUGAUGUCGGCAUAGAAGUGCACGACGAUGCCGAAGGACUGCACCGUGCCCACCGAGCUGGCAGAGACAGAGGGCAAGGGUAUGCAGGUGUGCAGCAUAAUGGUGGUGUGCUGUCUUACCCCGUGACAAUUUGGUUGACGUGUGCCUGUGAGAUGUCGGUGAGGGCGUUGUCGUCGCGGACCAGGGUCUUCUUGGCCGUCAGCUGCAGACGCCUGCACACACACAGAGGAGGACCACGGAUGAAAGAAGCGCAUCCGUCCAUGUGUGUUGGCCAUUACCUGUCGGCCGUGUCAAGCCUCAGCACCCUGAACUUGGCCUUGAUGCCCGGCUUGAACCGCGACGGCACCUUUCGCAACGGCACGUCAGUCAAAUGCUCAUGGGGCACAAUCCCUGCACGCACCCACGGAUGAAGAGAUAUACACAGUAUCACCCUGUUAGCAGGCUGCCUUCCUGUGUGUGUGUAUGAUACCUUUGACGUGGUCACUGAGUUUGAUGAGGACUCCGCCGUCGAGUAUUUUCUCGAUGACGCCCGUGACCACCUCACCGACAUGCAGCUGGUGGAAGGCCAGGUACUUCUCCUCCAGCAGAGAAAGGCGGGUGGAGAUCAGGUAGCCGCCCUCAAACGCGUUGCUGCUCAGCACCCUGACGGACCAGACACACAGAUGCAUCGAGGGAAUGCGUAGAGACGGAAAUCGUGGUCGUUUGUCUGCUACGUUGUGCACCUUGCUUUGCACGUCUGUCCUAUCCGGUAUGCGUCUUCCACCUUCUCGAUCGGUUUGUCGGACAUGCGACUCAACUACAAUGAUAUGACACGGUUGGAGGAAGAUACAUAAAAGGGCGCUUCCUUCUUCCGCUCACAUGGCACAGGCCCAGCAUCUUCUGUCCGCCUGCUGCCGCGCCUUCAUCGCCAUCAGCUUCUGCAGGAGGCAGCGGAGCCGUCACACGCAUGAAGUCGCGGGAAGUAAUGUCCAGCUGUCACACAUGCAACAAGCACAGGUGCACAAUAGACAGACAGGCUGCGGUGCGUCCUUACCACGGUGCAUGUGUCCAGCUGUGUGCCGGGCGGCAUGUGUGAUGGCAUGUGGUAGCUCUGCCACUGCUGGAGGUGAGGCAGCAGGCUCAGACGCACCACACGCUCAGAGGGGAUCACGGCGAUGAUGCGACCAACCAACUGAAAGACAGGCAAACAAGAUCGGCCGUCCGAGUCAGAUUCCUUCCGCUUAUCGAUCACCUUCUUUUUGAGAGCAAUGGAUGGGGCGUCGGCCGCCAGACACGGGUGCUUGACGUGAUGGGGGUGGAUUGCCCCGAGCAGGGAGCCGAGCAGCGACACCAGCAGCCCCUUCUCGGCCUCCCCGCCUUUCUUCCUGCCCUCACGUGUGGCCGCCGCAGCCAGUGAUGGGCUGUCCAGGAGGGUCUUGACGCGACACUCAACCAGCAGGCCCGCCUUGACCAGCUUCAGGUCCAGAUCACUCUUGCCCUGACCACAAAGACACACAAGUGCAUGCAUACGAGUGCUCUGGUGUGCUCACGAGUGGUUUGGCUGAGGGGAUCGCUGUGCAGACGACCGUCUUAGCAUCUGCACACACAUACAGCAAGUGUGAGUGGUUGUCAAUGGCUGGCCCUCCCUCUCG